GUGACGCCCCUCCCUCCUCUACCUCCACACAGCAUCAGCACCUCGAAACCGAACAACUCGACCCUCCGCGGGAAGAGGAUGCUCUCCGGCCCGUGAGGCUGAGCGGCAACAACGAGAUCGAUAGCCUGACGGUAUAGUCGCUGUUUCCCCGCCUGCACGUUUAUGCCGCCUCGCUGCCUCCAUUCAUAUUGCACCAUUCAUGCAUCCCCAAGAAUGGAAACUCGCUGCGAGGAAAGGAAAAAAAAAAGAGAAACAUUAAAAUAACCCUCUGCGGCCCCGGUGGCUCGCUUUCGUAAGACAUCGUCCUCGCUCGUUUUUUACUGAAGCUUCCUUUUCAUGGCGGGCUUAAAGUGAUGAGGACCCCCGAUUUUGGCUUGUGAGGGCGCCUCGCGAAUGUAGGGCUAGUACAGGAAAAGCCGAGCAAACAAAAGGCAUCCAGACCCCCUCCUCCUCUGACGCACCUGGCUGCCCUGUCGCCACUUGACAUGACAGCGCAGAGCCGGGAGCAGAGCAGCAGGAUCAAGGGGCACCGACGUGCGGCCGGACGUGCGGACACGACGGGGAACACAGGAGCCUGCGGACGCUCGGCGGAGAGGCAGCAGCAGCAGCCCAGGGGAGGCCGGAUUGCAGUUUCUGGGGACGAGCGCCAAGGGCAGUGCGGCAGUCAGCAGGCAGACCGGGGGGAGGAGGCUGCGAAGAUCUGCGAUACUUCCCCCCAAGUCAACACUGCUGUCUCACCUCCAUAUCAUCCUAAAGAUAUUAUGGUGGAAGUUUUCAUUUUUCAUCAAUGGUGACUGUUGCUUAUUCCCCUAGCUUUUUUUCUUCUUCUUCUCGCCCCUUUCUUCCUUUAUCCAAUCAGUGAUUAUGUGCAAUUAAAGGAUUAGAUCUGCUCUUGAGGCAAGGGUGGAACCCUGAGGGGACUGAUGUGCAUACUGGCCAGGUAUCAUCGGCUCCCGUCUUCUCUGGCUUUGCUCAUUCUGCUUGUCGCCUGCACUAUGGGCUGUAUUCAGAGCAUCGCAUGCAAGCCCCGCAUCAGACGGGAGAACAUUGUAGUGUAUGAGGUGUCCGCCUCUAUUGACCAGUGUCCCACCAUCAUUGAGGAGAACUCACCGAUUGUGCUCCGCUACAAGACACCUUACUUCAGGGCCUCAGCGGGAGUCGUGAUGCCACCAGUGCCCCGCAACGAAACCUGGGUGGUGGGCUGGAUCCAAGCUUGCACCCAGAUGGAGUUCUACAAUACCUACGGCGAUAUUGGCAUGUCCAGCUGGGAGUUACCAGAACUGCGAGAGGGUCGGGUCAAGGCCAUCAGUGACUCGGAUGGUGUCAGCUACCCCUGGUACGGCAACACCACAGAGACGGUCACCCUCACCGGCCCUACAUCCAAACCGUCCCGUCUGACGGUCAGCAUGAACGACAACUUCUACCCCAGUGUGACCUGGGCUGUCCCCAUCAGCAACAGCAACACACCCAUGCUGACCCACAUCACCAGGGACCAGAGUUUCAUCACCUGGUUGGUGGCCAUGAACUCUGUCACGAAGGAGCGUAUAGUGUUGCAGACGGUGCGGUGGCGGAUGCGGGUGGAUAUCGCCGUGGAUCCAGACAUGCCGCUGGGCUCUCGGGCCUCACUGGUGGGCCGCCCCUACCAGGAGCAACCGCACAUCCUCAACUACCAGGAACCCAUCCCUCCCAACGCGCUGGGGAGGCCGAACGCCAACGAUGCCCAAGUGCUAAUGUGGAGGCCGCGGAGAGGGGCGCCGCUCGUCGUCAUACCGCCAAAAUAAGAGAGUGAAAUGUUUGCACACACAAAAAUAUGAUUGUUCCCUUUUGGAAAAAAAAGAAGUAGAGGGGGGUGUAAAUGGAUAGGAAAGUAAGCCCGAUGGUUGCCCCCCCCUCCACCCCUCCGUGGCUUCUUCUUCCUGAAUGAUUCAAAUGGACUAUCGCAAUUAGCCGGUACGGAUAUUACAUCUGGGAUCUGACGUAGCACAAGAAGUCCACAGCAAACUAUUUGUCAAGGACCUGGAGCUGCAUCAAAGCUUGUUUGAACCCCCUCACAUGCUUUGGACUGGAAUAUAGAGUUAUGCCUGCCUUUUAGCUGAGAAGGAAAAGCUGUUUUUAGAUGUAUCGCAGAGGUAUUAGACCACAACAAGAACUGCAUCCUGCAUCCUUAUGUAGACCCUAUUGCAUGAGAAUGAGAGGAACACACAAAAAAAACCUCUCCUUGGAGAACUUUCGAAUAGCAUUUGUUUUGUAUAACUUGUUACCUGAAGACAUUUUGAUUGAAAAGUCAGCCAAAAAGAAAACAAAAAAUACAGAGGGCUGGUAAACCUCAUCAGUGCCAACAAAGGCCUUCAGCAAUCUCAGUAUUAAAGGAUGUAUACAGAUCAUUUAAAAGAGACAAAGUAUUAUACAAAUCUUUUUAGGUGAAGAAUAAACUCGUACAUCGACCAGAUUGUAACAACAGCACCCACUUGGCAUAAAAGUCUGGGAGAAGAGAAAAAAAAACAGCCUGCUGUAGUUUUCACUUGAGUUCUGCUAAUACACCAAACGUACGCACCCAGCAUAGUUUCUUGCCUCAGUUGUGCAGCUGAUGCUGUUUUGUUUUUUGUUUUGUUUUUUUUUGGAUGGGUGUCAGAUUUGUCUGAGGGAUGAGCCAGAUCUGUUGCUACCUUAAAUAAAUAAUGUCAGCUAUGCGUUCAAUAAGUGCAGCGUAAAUGACUUGGAGCAGUGCCGGACAACAGAUUUGAAACAAGAAGGCGAUAGCAGUCGGCACAUAUAUCACAGGUGGAGCGAGGCCAAACUGUCCCGAGGCUACAUUUGAUGUUGCACUACAAUCCAGGGAAUAGAAAUGUACCCGUGAUGGUUUUGCCGGUGUGAAACUAAGCCCGACACCAUUUUAAAAAUGGGUUUUAUUUGGAUCCGUGCCGGCACUGCUUCUGUGACGUCAUACUGAUUAUUUGUCCGGCAGAUUUCUGCAGAUAAACACGCAGAUGAAGACCGUCACUGCGUCGUGGCCACGGCCCGUCCUGGGCCUCCGUCCAGGUCCCUGCCUGCCACUCUGCACAAGUCACAUGACUCAUCUUCCAUCUGUGCUUCUCUCCAGGUUCACGCCUCACCUUCCCAUAUGCCCGCUCUCUUUUCUCCCCUGGCUGCACACCUCAUACACGCAGACUAGGGCCAUACCGAAGUCACAAAUCCUUUCUGAGAUCCACAACUAUGCAAACAUUGUCUGUGUCUGGAGUAAAACUGCUGGAAACACUGCAAAAUUAACAGGAAAAUAGGCUAAAUGAGUUCUCCCACCAACGCCCUGCCAUCUUAUUUUAUGCUGCUUUUAUCUGCUGGGAUCAAUGUUGAAUAAAAAUGAUUGUUGCUACCAAUUAAAAAGUACACAGAGGUUAAAAUAGGUCAUAUUAAUUCAGUGUAUCUUCAUUGGUCACAGCACCUCGGCUCAUUCAGCCAUCUGUUGCUAUAGAGACCGGUUUGGUUUUCCUGAGUGCACUGCAACUGGAACUGAAAAAAAAGAAAAAGAAAGAAAACGAAAAGAACUGUUCAAAAUAUUCAUGGGUGUGCCGACAUCUGUGUGCGAGGAUUAGAGAGAGUGUAUGUGUGGGGGCGCUCACACACACACACAGACGCAGGUAGACUUUGAUGUAAGAUGAGAUCAAGGCAGCGCUGGUUGUUUCAGCAUAAAAAAAAGAGUUUAAUUUAUUCAUUUGUUGUUACAUAAAGAGCUUUUCUUUUUGUUUUUCUGAAUUUAAAUAACCCUAAAACGAGCGCUUUUGAUAUACAUGUUCAGACUGUGAGUAGCAAGGUCAAAGCAGUCGUUUCAGUUUUAUGUGAAAUUUCAUCUCUUAUUUUUUUUAAAAAAGGGAAAAAAGGACAUUCAGCAUCUUUGGACAGAGGUAACCCCUCCUCUUUGCAGCACGUUUACUCCUCCUUCCACCACUAGAUGGAAGUGCUGUCAAGGAUUCGCCUCCCGUUUGCUUUGUAAAUGAAUACACAGUAUUUCUUAUCAGAGUUCUUUCGUUCCCAAAACAAUGUUUUUAUUAUUACUUAGAAAACCUCCCACUAAUGUCAAAGAAAGAAAACACACAAACAAAAACCACACGAGCUCCUCGUACUGAUAAUACAAACAGCUCUUUUGCCCUUUCAGAAAAAAUGUUCAAGCAUAGGAAAUAAAAAUGUUUUUGCCCCUUCAAAACAAACUGAACACCACAUGGACGGCAAGAACUGGUUAUUUAAACAGACUAAAUGACUGACUUAUAGAAAGUUUACGAAAGGUCCCAAAGUGCCCAAAUGUUUUUUCUUUGUGAUUUACAAUAUAUGCUUUGGUUUGUUUGUUUGUUUCUGAACGAAGACGUUAUCUGUCUUAUCCAGCAUGUAACAUCUGGUUUAUGACUGAGGUUCUUUAUUGUUUGCCAUAUCUAUGUUGUUCUGUAUGAAACAAAAAAAACAACAAAAAAAGAUGAAGUCAGUCUGACCGCUUUGCAACAUGUUUUAAUUUUUCUACGUGCUUGGCAGUGUCUGGAAUAUGUUAAAUGUAACCCAUCUUAAGCGUACACUCAGCGGCAGCUUCAUUAGGUACACCUGUCAGACUGCUCAUUGGAUAUCUACGAUCAUCCAAUCACAUCGCAGCAACUCUGCUCAUUAGGACAUGUAGACAUAUUCAGGAUGAGAUGCUGAAAACUGAGUGUGAGAAUGUGGAAGUACAGUGAUUUCAUUGACUUUGCACAGGCUGGUCUGAGUAAUUCAGAAACUGCUGGUCUAUUUUUACACACAACUAUCUCUACAGUUCAUAAAGAAUGAUCCAAACAGGUAAGAAAACUGUGCACAGUAGUGAAAAUGCCUUGUUGAGUUCAGAGGAGAAUGAUCAGACUGCUUUGAAAUGACAGGAAGACAACAGCGACUCGAAUAAACACUUGUUACAGUCAAGGUAGGGAGAAGAGCAUCUCUGAAUGCAUAACACAUCGAACCUGCUGUCAGCUAAGAAACUGGGGUUACAGUUAAUACAUGAUAGUUUUAGAGGUAUUUUCCUGGCACGCUUUAAGCAGAACACAAGCCCUUGUAUGUAUGACAGCCCUGAGUAUUGUUGCUAAACCUGUCUAUCCCUUUACGACCCAUCUUCUGAUGCUUCCAACAGGAUAAUCGACCCUAUCAUGAAGCGCAAAUCAUGUCAAACUGUUUGUUUGAACAUGAGAGCUCGCUGUACUCAAACAGCCUCCAGUAGAGCACCUUUGCAAUGUGGUGGAGGAUCCAGACAGAUUAUAAAAAUCUGAUACGACGCGCUCCUUUGUUAUUAUUAUUUUAGCACGUGCACGUGCUAGUAAGUGCAAUAUGCUGUUGUGCUUUUUCAAAACUUCUCUGCUGAUAUCUAAAGAAACACUUUCCAUUUGCCCCCGCGACCCUGAAAAGGAUAAGCGGAAGUGAAUGGAUGGCUGGACUUUCCAUUUGCACUAAAAUUAUGUGCCACUUCUUCAAAAGACGUGAUCAUUUUAAAAUUACAAUUCUUUAGCAACCCAAAGCUUAAAUGUAGCAUCUGUACCUCCUGAGGUGGAAUGUCACAGUUCUAAUACUGACACACGUGAACUAGUUUCACAUUAGUUUGCCAGCAAGGAUAAGGUUUGCUUAUCAUGUCCUCCUGUUCGCCUUACGCCGUUUGCUUUUCUGUAGUGUUAAGUUUACCUGACAUGCUCAAAACAAUAGCUUUCACAUGAGUCACUGCUAACAUCCAUUUUGUUAGAUGUUCUUUUUCAGAGAAGGCCCACUUCCAAAAGACUGUAUUUCCCAGUAACUUGUCUUUACUUUUUCUGUAAAGAAAUUGUUCAUGUGGCAAAUUCCUGGUCACAGUUCGUAGAGCCACAAUUCACGCAGGUCUCUGAUUACACUUUGUUGGUGCUGCUGCUGGCAGGUUUCUGCUCAUAGCCGUAAAGAAAUGUGGCAGCAAUAACCAGCACUGCACCUAGAAAAAAUACGC